AGCGUACGUCGUGCGUGCGUAAACAUUUGUCUGGCGGCUCGCGCGGGCUUAUAUAAACCCGACAAUUAAUGGCGUCCACGUUGGAGCGGUUUGUAAGCCCGGGGAAAGGUUACGGCCUGCGGGCGACAAGCGGCAUUAAACGUGGCCAGUUGCUCUUCUCCUCCGAGCCCAUGGCGAGCUGUGUCUCCAACAAAGUGGCCAAAGAUGUCUGCCAUCGCUGCUUCGCACAGAAUAAGACCUUUCUGAGGUGCUCCCAGUGCAAGAUGGCUCGCUAUUGUAACAUCACCUGCCAGAAACAAGCAUGGUCUGACCAUAAGAGGGAGUGCAAAUGUCUGCAAAGUCUCCUUCCCAGAGUUCCUACAAACUCCGUCCGGCUGACUGCGAGAAUCAUCUUUGCCUUGUUAACGCCAGUAAAGAGUUGCAGUGAGGAGCUCUACACUUUAGAUGAACACGAAUCACACCUGACCUCCAUGUCUGAGCAGAAGAAACAAGGCCUAUCUCAGCUGGCAUCCAUGCUGGAAUUGUACCUACAACAGGAAGUGCCUGACCUCGCACAGGAAAUGACAUCGAGGCUACCGCAGUCUUGCAGACAACUACUCGACCUGAUUGCAAAGGUGACGUGUAAUUGUUUUACCAUUAGUGACGGAGAGCUGCAAGAGAUUGGAGUUGGGCUGUAUCCGAGUUUAUCGCUCCUAAACCAUGACUGCAGGCCAAACUGUGUGAUGGUGUUUGAAGGAGCAAAGAUACACCUCAGAGCCAUUCAGGAUAUCAAACCUGAAGAGGAGCUAACUAUAAGCUACAUAGAGACCUUGUUGUUGACUGAAGAGCGUCAGAAGCAGCUGGAGGACCAGUACCAUUUCACUUGCCGCUGCCAGAAAUGUGACUCUCAAGACACAGACUGUCUCAUGUUGUCAGGUGAAAAGGAAAGAUGGCUUCAGUUGAAGGAGACCUUACCUAAACUGGAAGAACUAAAAGCAGUCUCAGAUUGGGGAACCCUCCUUGACAGUAGUACACUUCUGUUAUCAACUGUUGGUGCCGAUGUGCCCGAUGGAAACCUCUACAAGCUCCAAUUGACUGAUAUGGCGCUAGAUUCCGCCAUUCACCUCGGCCACUGGGAGGACGCUGUAAAAUACGGGGAGAGGACACUUCCAAUUUACAGACAAUACUACCCUGAUCCCCAUCCUGUUCAUGGAGUCCAGCUGAUGCGAGUAGCAAAGCUGCAACAUUAUUUGGAGCGCAUUAAAGAUGCUCUGGGAACGUUUAAACAGGCUUUUGCAAUCCUACAGAUCACUCACGGUAUUGAUCACCCUUUAGUGGCGGAUUUGUUGGAGAAGAUGGAAGAAUGUCGCUUUGAGAUGGGUCAAUAACAAUCAACCAACAGUAAAGACAGUAAAACGUCAGCAGAACUUGAAAAGUGAUUUUUUUAAGGCACAUAUUUUUGGUGUGAUGCCAAAAGGACAUUACUGUUCUUUCUGCACGUGUGUUCUUGUUUAUGUUAGAUACCAUUGUGGGGAAUGCAUCCAAUAUGUGUGUGUUUCUUUUACAGUCAGCCACUUAAAACAUCCAUCUUCCUCCCGCCACGUAUCCAUCACACAUGCACUUCCUGCCGUAAUCCCUGUUUUUGUGGCUUCUUCUGUCAGGGUCUGUGUUGGAAUGUGGUAAUGCUUCACACACACACACACACACACGAUGCCUCUUUGCAGGAAAGGGAUGACAACAUUUCCUCUGGGAGAGAAAAAUUGUGUGUUUAAGGGUUAUGUGAGGAUUACACUGACAUUGUGUUUGUUUUAACAUAACAAAUAAAAAGUUUGGCUUUUCUGA